CCCAAUUGGGGAAAUACCUGAAGAGUGACUUGCUUUGGGAGAAUCGUUUUCAGUCUACUUUAUGGAGAGUUACCAGGAUGCCAGUAACACUCCACAAAUUGUCACUUAUCCAAAGAGAUAUAAUAGAUGGUCUUCUCGUCCACAAUACUGGAUUAUUUUGGUCCAAGUUAACCCUGGCGAGAUUCUGACCAUAAAAGGUGAUGAUGGAACUAUUCAAAAUAUUCACGGACCUGCUGAUGUACCUCUGAUGUCACCAAGUGGUACGUUACCUCCCAUUUACCUACCACCUGGAUAUAUGUCCCAGGUGGUUGAGGAAAACGGAAUUCGAAAAAUUGUUGUUGUGCCCCAGAUAACUGACUACAACCUGCAGGUGCCUGCUACAACACACGGAUCCCAGUAUAUGACACAUCCACCCGUUCUAUAUCCACACGCUACUCAGAUGAUGUAUCCUCCAGCUCAAGGAGAAUUUCCAGUAACUUACUUCCAAGAACCUGUUGUGCAGCAGCUGCUGCCACCACUGCCACCACUACCAGCUCUUCCACCAGCACCAGCAACGUAUAUGUACCAAGAUUACCACGAAACCUACUCUUAUGGAAGAGCAAAUUAUAACGAAUUUGAUGAAAGACCUGCUAAGACAGGUGAAUAUAAGAAAAUGAAAGACCGCCCAGGUGGAUGCAAAAACAAAGCUACUAGCAUUACACCUGCUAAAUAUACUCCAGAUGUUUACACUGUAGACAAUGCUCCCCACAUCUACACUGUAGAUGAAAGUUGCAGCACUUACACUGUAGAUAAUACAUUGAGCACUUGCACUGAAAACAGUACUCUAAGUACUCACACUUUUGACAAUCUUCCCAACACUGACAUCCCUAACGAAACCCCCAGCAUUUCUACUGACAAUGCCUAUAACAUGGUCACCACCGACACUAAUUUUUGCUCUGACACCACUGACAGCACUGAUUGUGCUUCCACAACUACCACCUCUGACAUAAUUGUAAGCCCAUCCGUUUUGGAGAAUCCUUCAGGUUCUUCCUCCUCAGCCAAUGCUGCCAACACUCCUAUCUCCGAAAAUGCACCUAGUAUCAUUGAGAAUUCUCUAGCCACUACCAGUGCUCCCAGCACUACCUGUGAUGAAUCCAGUGCUCCCAGCACUACCUGUGAUGAAUCCAGUGCUCCCAGCACUACCUGUGAUGAAUCCAGUGCUCCAAGCACGUCCACUGAUCCUAGAAUAAUCAAUGAUGAGCAUAAUGCUCCCCUUACAACCAGUGCUUCCAGCACAACCGAUACUGAGCCCAGUGCUUCAAGCCCAUCCAGUGCUGACCCCAGUACUCCCAGCAUAACCAGUGUUGAGCCUAGUGUUCCUUUCAUAUUUAAUAACACCAGCACAUCCACUGCUGAGCCCAGUGCUCCCAGCACAUCCAGCCCUGAGCUUAGUGAUCCUCUGAUAUCUAGCACUGAGCUCAGUGCUGUAAGCCCAUCUGGUGCUGAGCCUAGUGCUCCAAGCACAAGCAGUGUCGAGUCUACUGAUAUCCUUACACUUAGUGCUCUUACCACAUCUAGCACUGAGUCUAGUGCUCCUCUCACACUGAGUGAGCUCAGCACAACCAGUAUUGAGAUCUGUGCUCCCAGUACAUCUAGUGCUGAGCCUAGUGCUCCCCUUACAUCCAAUGUUGAGCUUAGUACUCCCAGCACAACCAGUGCUGAGCCUAGUGCUCCUCUCAUAUCCAGUAACACCAGCACAACCAGUGCUAAGCCUAGUGUUCCGAGCACAUCCAGCACUGAACUUAGUGCUCCUGUCCUAUCCAGCACUGAACAAAUUGCUCCCCUCAUAUUCAGUGCUUCCAGCACUGAGCUCAGUGUGGCAAGCACAUCGAGUGCUGAGCCUAGCGCUCCAAGCAUAACCAGUGCCGAAUUUACUGAUCUCACAUGCAGUGCUCCUCUCGCACUGAGUGAUCUCAGCACAACCAGUGCUGAGCCUAGUGCUCCCAGUACAUCCUAUGUUGAGCCUACUGUUCCUGUCAUAUCAAUUGUUGAACCUAGCACUUCCAGCACAAGUGCUGAUCCUAAUGCUCCCAGCACAACCAUCACCGAGCCCAGUGUUCCCAGCAUCUCCAGUGCUGAAUCUAGCACUCCCAGCAUAUCCAGUGCUGAUCUUAGUGCUCCCAGCACAUCAAUUACUGAGCCCAGUGUUCACAGCAUGUCCGGUGCUGAAAGCAGUACUUAUAGCACAUUCAGUGCUGAGCCCAGUGCUCCUAACACUGAAUCCACUGAGUCCACUGCUCCCACUACAUCUGGAGCUGCCAAGGCUGAGACUAAUUAUGGAAAGAAUCAGACACCAACAGAUGGAGAAAACAAACAAAAAUCAACUGGAAAACAAAAUCAGAUCCAAUCAUCAAGUGAACCACUAAAAGAAUGCACAAAGCAACCUGAGAAGUCUCGUCGUUUCAACAUUGAGAAGCCCAUUGUUUCUGAUAUUCAAAACAGAUCUGCUGUGAUUACAUGGAAUCUAUAUGGUUCUGAAGAAUUUGACGAUACUAGACCUCCAGUAACAUUUGAACUGGCAAUGUCUACAACAGGGAAAAAUGGAAAAUAUAAAAAUAUUUAUACUGGUGACAAACUUUCAUUUAACCUACAUACUCUACAACCAUCCAUGACCUAUUUUUUAAGAGUUGCAGCUAGAAGAGGAUCAAAUUAUAAAAUCUUGUCUGAAGUGGUUAAUUUUACAACACCAGGCUGUGAACCGGAUCGUCCACAAGCACCUAAACUCAUUAAUCGGUCAAAAAGCACUCUGAAUUUGCAGUGGAAAGGUUCAAAUGAAAAUGGUUCCAAAAUUAACAGCUUCCUUCUGGAAUGGGAUGAGGGGAAAGGCGAAAAUUUCAAAAGUUGCUAUACAGGAACAAUGAAACAGCAAAAGUUCCUAAAACUGACUGCUUCAACAAAAUACUCAUUCAGAUUAGCUGCCAGAAAUAACUUUGGCUUGAGUGAUUUCAGUGAAAUCGCAGCCUUUUAUACAUCCGGGUCUAUGCCCCCAACACCUUUGCCUCCUAAGCUAAAGGAAGCUGAUAUCUUUAGUUUGUCACUAGAAUGGUGUGCACCAGCCAACGUAAACUCACAUAGCCAUCUUACUUAUGUAUUGGAAAUGGAGGAACCAGGAACUGGAUUAGGUUUUAAACCUACAUACAAUGGUGAAGACUUCUCAUGUACUAUAACAAAUCUACAACGAAGUACUACAUACAAGUUUAGGAUUUUUUCCUAUAAUAUGGAAGGACGAAGUAAUCCCAGUAAUGAAGUAAAAUAUACUACCUGUCCGGACAAGCCUGGAGCUCCAACACAGCCAUACGUAAAAGGAAAGAUUCAUGCACACAAAGUGAAAAUUGGGUGGCAAUCGCCUAAAGAUAAUGGUGGAGCACACAUUUUAAGUUAUACUUUAGAAGUUAAUGACAAUGCACAUGAAAAUGUUUGGAAUAUAAUCUACAGUGGCUCCAUUCGGGAAUUUUUAUGUGAUCAUCUGCAACCUGAUAGGAUAUAUAAACUGAGAGUAUUUUGCACUUCACCUGUAGGACAUAGCCAGCCUUCAGAUGAAUUGACUGUUCAAACACCUGCGCUUGCUCCCUCGAACCGUACUCAAUCUUCAAAUCAUAAAAAGAAGUCCAAAGAAACAAGCUCUCGAUGUGCUAAUCCUCCUGCUACUGACAAUUCUGAAGCACCUAUGCUUAUCAGAAACACAGAAAAUAACCAAGAUUUUGGCCCUGAACAUGCAGACACACUUGGAUCCCAUCCUGUACCAUGUGAAAGUGCAUCAGUCCCACGUCCUCCCGCACAGUGUAGUGCACCUGUGCUGACCUGCAAGGGUCCAACCUGUAUUGUAGUUAGCUGGACAGUUCCUGAAUGUAAUGGUGCUGAAAUCACUGAUUACAAAGUAGAAUUGGGACAAACUGAAGAAUCUAUGCAAUUGAUUUAUACUGGCAUUUGUCUGCGAUAUGAAGUAAAAAGUCUCAUUCCUGCAACCACAUAUUUUUGCAGAGUUCAGGCUGUAAAUGUCAUUGGAGUGGGACAGUUUGGAGAAACUGCUACUAUAACCACACCAGCAACUGUACCCUCAAUAGUACAAAAUUUACAAGAAGUUCCAGACAAAGUUCCUGAAAACUUAGCAUCAUCUUGCCUUGCUAUUAAGUGGGAGGAACCAAUUUGUAAUGGUUCUCCAGUAACUGGGUACAAUAUUGAAUAUGGAGAUAGGAGAAUUAUGACUAUUGACACUGUAACAGAGUAUAUUCUGAAAAAUCUACAACCAGACACCAUGUAUAAAAUUCGAAUUCAAGCUAUCAAUCAUUAUGGAUUAAGCCCUUUUAGUCAGCCAAUAAGAAGCAAGACCAAACCGCUUCUACUUAACCCUCCACCCCUCGAAUGUGCAAUUUUGGGGCACCAGAGCCUCAAACUUAAAUGGGGCAACAAUUCAAACAGAAGAAUACUUUCCAGCCUUAUAAGCUAUAAUUUGUUCAUGAAAGAUCGAUCUGAUAGAUUUUCUGUCAUUUACCAUGGGCCUUGUCAGACUCACCGAGUACAGAGAUUAACUGAAUGUACUGAAUAUUCAUUUAAAAUCCAGGCAUGUAAUGAAGCUGGUGAAGGACCAGAAUCUGAUAUCUAUGUUUUUACUACCAAAAAAACCCCACCAGCUGCACUUCAAGCUCCGAGAAUACAUCGACUAAAAUUCAAUGCUUGUGAGAUAAAAUGGGGGUCUUUGGAGCCAAUCAAUGGAGACCCUAUUGUUUACAACCUUCAAGUUAUUACCGAUAAAGGAACUGAACAGCUAUACAAAGGACCAAAUACUUCAUUCAGUUAUUCAAAUUUCGUCACAAAUACAAAUUAUCGGUUCAAAGUCUGUGCCGGGCGUCAAUAUAAAACUUCUGCUGGCAAACAAGAGCUCUGGGGACCAUUCAGCCCUACCUCUCUUUUCUUAACACAUAGAAACAGUAAAGGAGGAAGAGGAGGGAAUGACCGCAGAGAUGAUAAGCUCCGGAUAGAGCUAAGUGAUGAAUCAUUUAUUUUUAUCCUUGUGAUAGUAUUUGCUGCUUUGGCCCUUUUGUCUGCAGCUUCCAUUCAAAAGUUCUUGAUAAGCUAAAUUUAUUUCUCUACAUUCUGUCCAUUAUAGAAAGAUCAAAAAAUCAUAAUCAAUAGACAAAUUGUUUGAUAAACCUCAGGGAUUACUUAAAAGAAACAUUAAUUUGGCCGAAACUCUAAAUUUUUUUUUACCAAACAUUUAAUAUUUGAAAAAUUCAUGUGACAGAAGAGAAUUUUUUGAGGAAAUAGGUAUCUUUUAAAUUUCAUGAAGUUAGAAAAAGAACACUCUACCACACCUCUCAUGGACACUAUUUCCUGA